UCAUGGCUACCCUCAAUGUACAGAUCAAUGUGAAUCAAUACUAACUGAUAUUAUAAAAGGAAAAAGCCAAAAAUACUUAUUAACUUUAAAAAAAGGAAUUCCCUUCUGGACCGAUUAACAUCUAUGAAUAAAGAUUCAACUCUGUCAAUUUCUCGAAUCAGAAAAUUAAUGAAGUCAUUGGAUGGAUUCUCAUUAUAGCUGUCAUAUUAAUGAUACUUGUCAUGACCUUAUCUCUAAUUCAAGAUUCAGUUGUUGGAUUUACUAUACCAUUACUUUCAGUAGUCGUAUUUUUCAUUGUUUAUCUAAAUUGGAUAUCGAUGAAGUUCUUUAUCAAUUCAUGAUUUU